AGGGCGUGUGCGUGUGAGCUCUCAUCCUGCGUUGUUGCGGGUGACGCGCCGAAAACAUGUUCUACGAAAAACAAACCGCGACAGGAAUCCUGACGGCGACCACGUCGAGGUCAUUCCGACAUUUCGGUGACAAAGAAUCCGUCGUCGUCACUUUCGCGUCCGCGGCCGACUCAUUCCGCGGCGUGUCGGACGCCGACGACAAGCAGCACAUCCUACGGGUGUUGCGAGAAGCCGUGGGCCAAUCUGCAGACAGUUACAACUCGCUUACCCUGACUGCCAUGGAAAGAGGAGACAGUUCUACGAAGCAACUGGAAAUUACUCCACUUACCACCAGUUACGUGGUACAUGUACGCCCAACUGAAAAGCCGUAG